CGAGGGAGGGAGGAGUCUGGGAGUCGCACUUUAAUGACGUCGUUUCCUGUGGCUUGUCUUGAUUCAAGGGUGCCGAAGGAGAAACGUGCAACCCUGGGCAGAGAAUUUUAAAAUGGUAGUGGGGAGAACUAGCGCUAUAGCGGCCGGGGUGUGCGGGGCUUUGUUUCUUGGCUACUGUAUCUACUUCGAUAGGAAGCGGAGGAACGAUCCCAACUUCAAGAACAGACUGAAAGAGAGUAAGGCAACCCAUGGUCCUGUGUGUGUGUGUGUGUGUAUGAUGGGCCUUGGCUACAUGUCACGGGGGGUAGGGAUGUUCAGUGCUUGUCUUUUAACCAGUGCACGUAGACCUGACCUGUUUUGUUUUCAGCUCAUGAUGAAAUGUAGUAUGCAAGCUGUUACCAUUAGAUAUGUCAUUCAAUGUAGCGAAGGAAUGCUGUGCCUUGCUAAUGUAAAGGGGUAAACAUGUUGGGUCAUAAAUGAACAUUUCAAGUGCCAUAAACACUACAGCACUGUUAGUGGUUAUGGUGCUAAGAGUGAUCUUAUGCACCUCAUUAUAAGUAGUUAAUGUUUUUUAGAAUAGAUUGAAUUUUUAUCUGGGAUUUGCCAUGCGCUGACUCCCACCUCUCCAGUUAGGAGCUUUAGCUAAGCUGUGAAGUAAGCCCUGCAAUGCCAUUCAUUGUGGGGGACACUAGGGCAUUCCUGAAGCCAUAAUGACUACAGUGCAUUGUAAUGGUUUUGGUGUUUGGAAUGGUUCUUUAAAUAGAAUUGUCACUUUUCAGGAAGUGUCAUUUGUUUUCUGCACUGUAUUAAAUUUUUUACUGGGGUGCGUGGAGAGAUUAGUAAAACAAAACUAUUCUUAAAGGCCUUCCCCUGUAGAAAUGCAUUAAAUAAAUGCUUUUCUAUGGUGAUUUUAAGACACUGGACAUCCUCAUGCAAAGUGAAACAGAAGGAAGCUCCUCUAGUGACUGUCUGGUAGACCGUAUUGUUUGUCUAAACCUGCAAUGUUUUACAUUAAAGGGCUAAGGGGUCAGGGACACUUCUAUGAGCUGAAGUGGUGUGGGUGUCUAUAGGGUCCCUUUUAACUUCGCUGUUCAGCGUUCUUGGCAACUUCACUGCCACAGUGAAAUAGGCUGAAGUGGUAAUGGUGGCUAGAGUGUCUUGCAGUGUACAGACAAGGAAAUGAUCAGCCAAUCGGGUUGCUUUGGAAGCCAUCUAUGGAACUAACUUCACUCCAUAAAUCCAUGUGCAUUAAGCUUCUAUGGGUAAAGCUUAUUGGAAGUUGUAGUUUAGUUAUCAGAUUUUUGCUUAUGAAAGCUUAAAGGAUCACUAUGGGGUCAGGAACCUUUUGGUGAUUCCCCCACCCCACCCCCUGCCAUGUGGAAAAGACAGUGUUUGCAUAAAAAUUCCUGAAGGGAGCUAUUAUACUCACCAGAAAAACUAUAUUAAGCUGUAGGUGUUCUGGUGACUGUAGUGUCCCUUUAAAGGAAACACUAAAGGCACCCAGAAUACUUAAUCUCGAUGAAGGCACACUUCACCCCUGUCUUUUGAAGCCUGCAAUGUUUUACAUUGCAGGGUUAACUUGCCAAUAGUGGCUGUCAGUAAGACAGUCACUAGAAGAGCUUCUUUGCAAUUACUGCAUUAAACUCUGUUAGAAAUCAAAUGCUGCCCAUAGAGCAGCAUUUGAUUGGUACAUUGCAACAUUUUGACACCUAGAUGUCUCAGAACACGAUAACAUUAGGAAUUCAAACAUGUAUUCUUCACGCUAUAGUGUUCCUUUAACUGAUCAGUCGUACACAUAAGUGUUUUUAUUUUUAUUUUUUGGGCUUACUAAUGAUUUGGAAUACUUUAUUGGACAAACACAGAAAGGGAGCUGUGUCGUCACAUACCACAUACAAUAAUUAGCAAGAUGUUCAAAUAGGCUGGAAGGACUGGUGAGACAGGAUUAAGCUGCAGAAUGUGUCAGACGUUUAAAGAAACACUAUAGUAACUAAAACAACUUUAGCUUAAUGAAGCAGUCUUGGUGUAUAUAGAUCAUGCCCCUGUAGUCUUACUGCUAAAUUCUCUGCUAUUUAGGAGUUAAAUCAGUUUUGUUUCUGUUUAUGCAGCCUUACCCACUCAUCUCCUGGCUGUGACUCACACAACCUGCAUGAAAAAUGGUUUAGUUUUUAAUCAGAUGUUAACUUGCUACAGAAGUUUUCAUCUCCUGCUCUGUAAAUUGAACUUGAAUCACAUACAUGGGUGCUCCUUCAAGGUCUAGCAGGUUAUUAAAAGUGUAGGAGAUUAUAAAUUCUACAUUAAACAGACUGUGCAAUAAAGGACGUUUAACCAUUACGUUGCUUUUAACAGAAAGUGUUUAGGAAAGCUAGGCCUGCAUAACUAGAGUGAUUUAACUACUAAAUGGCAGAUUAUUGAGGAGUGAGACUGCAGAGGCAUAAUCUAUACACUUAAACUGCAUCAUUAAGCUACAGUUGUUUUUGGUGACUAUAAUAUCCCUUUGAAUUUUUCUAGUUAUUUUUACUAAAACUGUAAACAUUUUAUCAUGCAAAAAUAUACAGAUUAUUAAAAAUAACUUGGGCCACAAUGUUGUGUUGGUGAUUAGAAUAUUGCUUUAAAGGCACACUCUUAAGUACCAAAGCCACUACAUCUUUAUGUAAUGAUGUUGGUGCCAAGAAAAUCCUAGGGAUACCACUACUGGCCAUCCUCAGAUCGCUGCUAGAGGUGCUUACUGGGGCCGUGCUGCACAGUGUCUUCACCCACUGCAUGGAGACACUGAACGUUCCUCAUAGAGGUGCAUUGAUUCAAUGCAUCUCUUUGAGGAGAUGUUGAUUGGGCUGGGCUGGGUUUGGCUUGUGUUGGCUCUGCCCCAAUCUGCCUCCUUUACAUUCUCAGCCAAUCCAAUGCUUUAGCGUGGUAAAUCAUUGUAAUUGGCUUUGCACAACACUCUGAUUUCAGCCAAGCAGGCAAAACAGGGUGCAGAGCCAGCAGCAGCAGACUGGAGUAAAGGUAACAUUUUACCAUAUUUAGGGGGGGUCUAGAUGGUGUUGUUAACCCCAUGUGGUCAGGAAUACAUGUUUGUUUUCCCCACCUGAUGGUGUUCCUUUAACCCCUUAAGGACACAUGACAUGUGUGACUUGUCAUGAUUACCUUUUAUUCCAGAAGUUUGGUCCUUAAGGGGUUAAAGGACCACUACACACCCAAAAAGCACUUCAGCUUGCUGGAGUGUCCUAGAUUAACCUCAAUUUAUAAAAGUACAGGUUUUCUAUGAGAAAUCGGCACGUUUUUAAAAUUAACUAGGGAACACCCCCUCUGGCUCUCAAACAGCGAUGGAUGUUUGCAGCUUUCUUCUUUUAGCUCCUCUAAGCUAACGAAAGUGGCAGGAGCGCUCUACUUGAACAUGUCUGCUUCCUCCCACACAGACCUCAGACCAGACAUUCACAAGCCGACACACGCAAUGGUGCACAAGCCAGCAGCUCUACAUGUGGAUGCCAGUUUAGAGGCUUCUCAAUGAGAAGUCUCUGAUUAUUUCCGUGUGAAGAGAUGAGUCUUUUCAGGGCUUGUGAAGACUGCAGUUCAUAAGAUCUGCACCCUUUGCAAGCACUUUAAAGAUAUACCCACAAUGAAUACAUGUAUUUAUUCAUUGGGGAUAUAUCUACUAAACAGUGGUUUUUAGUGUUUUUUUUUUUGUUUUUUUUUUUUCCAUUUUGUAGAGUGUUUCUUUAAAGUCUGUGAGAAUAAAGUGUAAGGCUUGUAAAGGCUACAGACAAGAGAUUUGCAGCCAAGGCCUCCCAUUCGCCCCAACGUGUUUUUUUUUUUUUGUUUGUUUUUUUUUUUACAUCGAGAUGCUCUUUAAAGGACCACUAUAGUACCAGGAAAACAAUAGGGAUGGACCGAUAUUGAUUUUUUUUUUUUUUUUAGAGCCGAUACCGAUAUUCUGUGAACUUUCAGGCCGAUAGCCGAUAUAAUUUGCCGAUAUUCUGUACAUUUACCAUUUUGGAAUAUAAAAACUAUUUCUAAAGGUAAAUGCACAAAAUAUACAUGCCACGUGUAGUGGAUGCAGUGUGUUUAGACAGGGGAGCUGUGUGUGCAGUGUGUGUUUGUGCAAUGUGUGUGUGUAGUGGAUGCAGUGUGUAUUUGUCGAGUGUGUGUGUGUAGUGGAUGCAGUGUGUAUUAGUGUAGUGUGUGUGUGUGUAUAUAAUGAAAGCAGAGUGUUUGUGUAGUGGGUGGGUAGUGUGCAUAAAGUGAAUGCUGUAUAUACUAAAUGCAAAGUGUGUGUGUGUGUGUGUGUGUGUGUGUGUAUAUAAUGAAUGCAGAGUGUGUGUGUAUAGUGAAUGUAGUGUGUUUAUAUAAUGCAGAGUGUGUGUGUUUGUAUAGUGUGUGUAUAUAAUGCAGUGUGUUUGUGUAGUGUGCAUUAUAUACACACACUAUACAAACAGACCUCAGACCAGACAUUCUCAAGCCGACACACGCAAUGGUGCACAAGCCAGCAGCUCUACAUGUGGAUGCCAGUUUAGAGGCUUCUCAAUGAGAAGUCUCUGAUUAUUUCCGUGUGAAGAGAUGAGUCUUUUCAGGGCUUGUGAAGACUGCAGUUCAUAAGAUCUGCACCCUUUGCAAGCACUUUAAAGAUAUACCCACAAUGAAUACAUGUAUGUAUUCAUUGGGGAUAUAUCUACUAAACAGUGGUUUUUAGUUGUUUUUGUUUUUGUUUUUUUCAUUUUGUAGAGUGUUUCUUUAAAGUCUGUGAGAAUAAAGGCUUGUAAAGGCUACAGACAAGAGAUUUGCAGCCAAGGCCUCCCAUUCGCCCCAUCGUGUUUUUUUUUUGUUUUUGUUUUUUUUUGUUUUUGUUUUUUUUUACAUCGAGAUGCUCUUUAAAGGACCACUAUAGUACCAGGAAAACAAUAGGGAUGGACCGAUAUUGAUUUUUUUUUUUUUUUAGAGCCGAUACCGAUAUUCUGUGAACUUUCAGGCCGAUAGCCGAUAUAAUUUGCCGAUAUUCUGUACAUUUACCAUUUUGGAAUAUAAAAACUAUUUCUAAAGGUAAAUGCACAAAAUAUACAUGCCACGUGUAGUGGAUGCAGUGUGUUUAGACAGGGGAGCUGUGUGUGCAAUGUGUGUUUGUGUAGUGGAUGCAGUGUGUAUUUGUCGAGUGUGUGUGUAGUGGAUGCAGUGUGUAUUAGUGUAGUGUGUGUGUGUGUAUAUAUAAUGAAAGCAGAGUGUUUGUGUAGUGGGUGGGUAGUGUGCAUAAAGUGAAUGCUGUAUAUACUAAAUGCAAAGUGUGUGUGUGUGUGUGUGUGUAUAUAAUGAAUGCAGAGUGUGUGUGCAUAGUGAAUGUAGUGUGUUUAUAUAAUGCAGAGUGUGUGUUUGUGUAGUGUGUGUGUAUAUAAUGCAGUGUGUUUGUGUAGUGUGCAUUAUAUAAACACACUACACAAACACACUGCAUUAUAUACAGUGUGUUGUAUAGUGUGUGUGUGUGUGUGUAUAUAAUGCAGUGUUUGUAUAGUAUGCGUAUAUAAUGCAGUGUGUGUAUUUGUGUGCAUUGUAUACACACACUAUACAAACACACUGCAUUAUAUACACACUGCAUUAUAUACAAACACACACUGCAUUAUAUACAGUGUUUGUGUAGUGUGUAUAUAAUACACACACACUAUACACACACACACACUAUACACACACACACACUAUACACACACACACACUAUACACACACACACACUAUACACACACACACACUAUACACACACACACACUAUACACACACACACACACUACACACACACUGCAUUGUAUACACAGUGUUUGUAGUGUGUGUGUGUGUGUGUGUGUAUAUAAUGGAGUGUGUGUGAGGGGGCAUUUUUUAUUAAAUUAUUAAUUUUUUAGAUUUAAUUAUUUAUUUUUGUUGUCCCCCCUCCCUGCUUGUUACCUGGCCAGGGAGGGGGGAUAUAGCAGUCCCUGGUGGUCCAGUGGUAUUGGCUGAGCUUUUGGGGGGGGGGGGGGCAUCAAGCAUUUACUCACCUCCCAGCAGCUCCUCCAGCUCCCCAGUGCAACUCUCGCAGCCAGCGUGUCGUGCGGAGCGUUGCCAUGGUGACCCAUGGCAACACUCUGACGGCCGCGGGUCUCGCGAGAGUUACACUGGGGAGCUGUAGGAGCUGCUGGGAGGUGAGUAAGUGCUUGAUGCCCUCCCCCCCAGGACCGCCGGGCUUGUAAUGAGCCCAGCGGUCCUAGGAGGUAUUAUCGGCAAUAUCGGUAUCUGAAUUGGCCGAUAUUGCCGAAAAUACCGAAUAUUGGCCGAUUAUAUUGGUAAAACCGAUAAUCAGUCGAUCCCUAGAAAACAAACUAGUUUUCCUGGCACUAUAGUGCCCUGAUGGUGCCCCCACCUUCAGGGUCCCACUCCCGUCGUGCUCUAGGGGGAGGAAGGGGUUAAAAUAUUAUCUUUCUCCAGCACCGGGCUUUGCUGGGGAGUCUCCUCCUCCUUUGGUCGUCAUCUGCUGAAUGCGCAUGCGCGGCAAGAGCUGGGUGCGCAUUCAGCCAGUCCAUAGGAAAGCAUUCUCAAUGAGUGAGAAGCGCCUCUAGCGGCUGUCAGUGAGACAGCCACUAGAGGCUGGAUUAACCCAUAUGUAAACGUAGCAGUUUCUCAGAAACUGCUAUGUUUACAGCAGGCAGGGUUAAACCAAGAUGGACCUGGCACCCAGACCACAUAAUUGAGCUGAAUUGGUCUGGGUGCUUAUAGUGGUCCUUUAAGUGGCUACUCCUACAUUCAUAAUUAUUUUACUUUUGGAAGAAACGCCUUCACUACAAUCUGUUUUUGUUUGAAAAUCUUGGCAUGAAAUUUUUUUUUUUUUUUUUUAAGCAUGGUUGGCACAUAAAAGAAAAAGAUAAAGUGGCAAUUAUGUGUACGCAUUGCCUUUCACACAAACAUAAAAAUUAUGGACAUUUACAAACGUUUUAUUUGUUCCUUUUAUCUCUUAUAAACAUAUUUAGGGAAUGAAAAGUUUUAGAAUAUAUACCGUAUCAUUUGCCUUGCAAUAUUUUAAACAGUGUCUGAAAUAUUUUUAUAAAAGCAAAACUAGUUGUUCUCACAGAAAUGGUCCAAUAUCCUCCUUGAAGGUAUUUGUAAGGAUGGUGAAUGCAUUACUAGCAGUUAAGCAUACACAAAUGGUUACAGAAUGCAAAAUAAAUAUCUUCAUUUGACUAAAAUAGAGGUAUUUAAAACGUUUUGUAGCAAUCACUUUAACCCCUUAAGGACACAACUUCUGAAAUAAAAGGGAAUCAUGACAGAAUAUUUCCGUCAUGUGUCCUUAAGGGGUUAAUGUAAUUAUGCCUUUCCCUCCCUAACUGGCUGUUGCAUUGGAUGUUAUCAACUUAGAUUUUGCUAUGGCAUUUUUGAUAAAGCUCCACACAAGAUUAUCAAAAGGGUUCUUCAAUAGAACAUUAGUUUAAAGGCAGUGAGCAGUUGUAAAUGGGAACAUUUUUAAAUUGGACAGAAAUGGUAAUUGAAGUACCUAAUAGUCCUGUUCUGGUUCUACUUGUCUUUUAACCAGUUUUUAAAAAUGAUCUUGAAGUGGGAAUUGGAAGUCUUGAGUCUGCAUUUGCAGAUGACCCAAAUCUGGGAACAAUUAUAGAUUUAAAAAAAUAAAAUAAAAAUACUAGGCAACAUUUUGCAAUCCUGGCUGCUAUUGCAAAAGUUGGUAAGGUGCUGUCAUGCAUAUAAAGUAUUGAUUCAUAUUUAUAAUAUAUAUAUAUAUAUAUAUUCAAUAGAUUGAUUGAUAUCAUGGAGUCAGGAAGGAUUAUUAUUUUAUUUUUUUUAAAUCCUUUUGUGGCAUAAAUUACCCAUUGCUUCAAACUGGAGUUUCUCUAAUCUUUUGGAUCACCAGCAUAAGAUGUCUAAAUGUUGAACUUGUUGAACUUGAUGGACUUGAGUCCUUACUUUCUCCUACACAAUCUUGGUAAGGAAACUAGUUUUCUUUAAACUCUUCACUUUCUAUGUAAUCUGUUUUAUAUGCCAAAAUUGACAGAAUGGAAAGAAAUACUAUUCAGUUUUUGUGUUCACCUGUUCCAUUCAUGAAACUGAAAUGUCACAUUAGCUUCCGAGCCAUACUUUUCUUACCUCUUGAUAUAUGCAUGAUGCUUCAAUAUUAUAAUGUGAACAGUUUAGCUAAUAGGGAAGUAAUAAUAUAUAUAUGUAUAAAUUAUGCUGUGUUUUGCAGAACGGCGAAAACAAAAGCUUGCUAAAGAAAAAGCAGGACAGUCAAAGGUAGGUGUUAAUAAUUCAGGAAAGCGAUAAAUAAAAUGGCAUAUCUUUGCUGAUUUAACAGUUUAUGGUACAAGCAACUCCUAAUUUAAAGCAUCUGCAUCAUUCAACAUCAGAUUGACAGUCAUGUUAGAAUAUCGGAGGAAAUGAUCAAGUUGCAGUAUACAUAACAAGUGAUCGGCACAAUUAUUAUUUUUUAAUAUAUAUAACAAUAAUUAAUAAUAACAAGCUUAUAUCAAUAAGGGAGAUCAGGAUGAGUUCCCCUAGAGGCCCCAGGCUGGUAGUAAGGUAAGAAAAGCAAAUAAAAGCAAGGUCAGAGAUGAAACCAUGGAUAUGAUGAGGUAACAUAGGCGAAAUGAAACCCAAGGAGCUGGAUAAAUAGACAGUGUUGUAGGCAGUCCCUCAUAUAAACAAUGGUGAGAGUAUUAAUAAGCCAUCUUCCUGAUGCAGUUCCAGAACACAAACAAGCCCACACCAACUAGGGGUAGAGCAGCUGAGGUGUGAAAGAUUAUACAUAUUAUUCUAUGGUGACUUGCAUACUAACAAUGAGUUAACUAUAAAGAAAUCUUGUUGGCUUAAGACAUGUGCCAGCUCAGUACUGGAAAGGCUACAGCUGGAUGGGGGGGGGAAUGAAGGAUGAGGCCAACACUACAAAACACCAAAGAUUUUGCUUGUGGCCACUGGGCAGGAUAGCGGGGCGUCAGCCGUCCAUCUCGCUCACCUCCUGAGUAGGCACCGCCUCCAAUAUGCCAAAACGCCCACCUAUGCACCAGAACGCGCAGUAUGGUCGCUGCUUCAGCACUAGCAUCUCUGUGCACUCAGGGCAACCACUGCUAAGUUUCGCACAGUCAGAUUAAUAGCUGAUUUGGAGCCUUACAAGCAUAAAGUAGAUUUCACUUUCCCAUUUCCCUGCUGUACUGCUAAUCUACUUUUUCUUUUUUCUUUUUUUUUCCUGACUUACCGCUUUUCUCUCUCUAUCUUUUUCUAUUCAAGAAUGAUGUUCUCACUCCUUCUCCUUGUUAGUCUUUUUCACUUCUAACCAUGACAUUUCUUUUAAUCUUCAUUGUAGUAUAUGCAAAAGUUUGGUAGUUUGGGUAAAUGAAAGGCCUGAGUAUAUUGUGGCACCCUUACCUCAAACUCACAAAUUUUCUUUGAAUCUAGAAGCCAGCUAUAAAUAUAAAGUCCGUUUUUUAUUUUAAAUAACACCGCUGUAUUUUUAAUGACAAAUAUAACCUCUUAAAGGGACCCUAUAGUCUCCAGAACCACCACAGCUUGAUGUGCCUUUAGCCUGUCCCUUCAGAGAAAAGGCUGUGUUUACAUUGUUGCCUAGUAACACCUAGUGGCAGUCACUCAAACGGCCACUAGAGGUGCUUCUAAGUCCAGCUCUGCAUGGAGGAGCUAAACUUCUUCUAUAGAGAUGCAUUGAUUCCAUGGAGGCAGAGGCGGACGCAGCGAUAAGGAUAAGCUAGUAAAAUCACCUUUCCCAUGCAAUCAGAGGGGGAUCGGCCACAAUAAAUAGUUUAACAUUUUACUGUCCGGAAUACAUGUCUGUAUUCCUGACACUAUAGUUUUCCUUUAUAUUUCCACAUGAAAACUAGAAAAAAACCAGCAUGGGCAUUUAACUUAUGCACUUAAUGAAUGUAUUCUGAUGUGAUAGAUCAGAUGUUUUUGCAGUGUUUUAAUUGUUUUUACUUUGCUUAUUGUGGCCAUGAACCUGCCUUGUAUUUUUAGAUUUAUAGCAUCAAUAAUCACAGAUACACACUCACAAAUUACUUUUAAUUUUAAUUUGUCUACCCACCCUCCCUACCUUUGGGAGAGCUGGAGUGGAUUAUUUUCCUGAGGUGUAGUAUGGAUGCUGUCAUCUUCCUGCUCCCUUGCACACCUUUUUAGUGAUGCUGGUGUGACCUCAUAUUCUAGCACCUGACAUCACACAGGUCAUGUGAAAAAGCAAAGCAGGAAGAUUAAAGCUCCCUCACCGUUCGUCUCCUUUCUGCACAGCCACCCAUCUCAGUGGUGAACGGCUGACAAACACCAGGACAGAAUUCUUAGUCAACCUUGGCUUUGUUUAGCCUUGCCCAAAUUGAUCUUACAUUCGAACUAUGAAUUUUCAUAAUGUUGUUGUUUUUUUGUUUUAUUUAUAGUUGCCUGAUCUUAAAGAUGCUGAAGCUAUUCAAAAAUUUUUCCUUGAAGAAAUUCAGCUUGGAGAAGAGUUACUAGCACAAGGUUGUUAUAAACUGCACUUGACAUAUACUUCUGUUGCAGAUCUUUAUUUCACUGUAGGUGGUUGUAAUAACAUGCUUUAGUGUACCUUUUAAGGAAAGCUCUUCCAUGAAUACAAUCUGGUUGCAUCAAACCUGUCUUGGUGGCUAUAUACAGCACCAUUCUAGGUAUUUUUCAGGCACCUCAUCCUCCAUCCUCCAGAUGUUGCUGAACUACAGCUUGCAUGAUUCUCUGGCAAUCUAGCUAAUAUAUUUAAAAAGAAAAAAAGCUGUAAGCUAUAGGCUUUCAACAACUAAGAGCUUGAUUGAGAUCCAUGCUGUUGGUGUCUGCCUGAUUGUAUAAGGAGCCCAACUUGACAUAAUAUCAAUAUAAAUAAUUUCAACAAAUUUUGUGGGGAAUAUGUAAACUUUACAAUGUAGGCAACGCUGAACUGGAACGGUUUAGUUAUAGUUGUGGUAGUUAGACUACUUGACCACUUUCUUCUUGAUAGGCACUUCCUAUGUUCUCAUGUGUCGGAUAAAAUAUUUUAUACUUGUGUUUAAUUGCUUCCCUUAUCCAGGUGACUUUGAAAAGGGUGUUGAUCACUUGACAAAUGCUAUUGCCGUAUGUGGACAGCCCCAGCAGUUGCUCCAGGUUUUACAGCAGACUCUUCCUCUGCCUGUUUUCCAGAUGCUCUUGACUAAACUACCAACAAUUAGCCAAGUAAGAAAUAUUUUAUUUAGUACUUAUUUAUUUUUGGUACAGUGGCUGAUAUUCAGAACAUUUCAUUAUAUGCAAGUGUUGCAGGCAUUUGCAUAUUAGACAUUUUUUAUUUUUGACCGACAUGUUUGUAAUAUAUUUUGUCCUUCAGCCUGUUGCAUUUUUUUUCAAACAUAAUUAUAAAGUAUAAAGGUUGCCCAUAAAGUAGUUAUGGUUAGUCUUGGACCUUGUUUUUUACAUAGAUUAUUUUGAUCUGAUAGGAUCUCUCUAGGAAAGUCUGCCCAGUUUCUAUGUACUUGGUGAUAUUGUUUGUAACAAUGAAACUAAAGUGUAAUUAUUACUGCCAUUGGAAUGCUUUGCCAACCAGUGGAUGUAAGUGAUCCCUGCCUUUUUAAUGCACACAAGUAAUGAGAAGGCACUAGUAAUAAGGACCCACCUGCGUGUUUCCAGCCAUAGUAUAUUUCCUUCACAACUCCAAUGGUAUAAAGGACUGUGCACAGUUCAGGAAGACUGUCCAAGACAGAGAUUUAUUGAAGAAAAGGAAUCACAACAUCAUCAAGCUUUAUAGUGAUUCCAUUGUGAUUCCUUUCCUUCAAUAAAUCUGUCUUUUACCAUGUUUUUGAAUUUUGCACAGUCCCUGCUUCUUUAAGGACUUUGCUUUUAAAGGUCUCUCUGCAAAAAGCAAAACCUAGUAUCAGAUUCCUAGUCUAUUGGUCUACAAGAAGUCUGUAGUGAUUGAGUGCUUCAAAACAACAACUCUUUGCAUGUGAGUUUUUCCAAGCAUGAUUCAGGAGCCCCUUCUUUCCUUAUUAUGCUCUUCGUUCUAGAAAUAAGCAAUAUUGUCAGAAUAGCCCUUUAUUUGCCUUGGUUGAAAUAUAUCAGCCAGCUUAUUAAAUUACUACUUGUAAUGUUUUACUGUAUACUUUGUCCGUUUCAGUAUUUUAUCUCUAACAGUUUGGCAUGAAGACUCAUCCUCUGUCCAUUGAUGUUUCCGCCAUCCUUAUGAUUUAACUAAUUCCCCAAAGCUGUGUCUCUUAUUUUUAUUUUUUUGUUUUUUUUACCAUUUUUGUUCUACUCCUCUUAUGUUGUUUAUAUGUAACUUUUUUUUAUGUUUGUCUUACAGAGGAUUGUGAGUUCUCAAACCCUCACUGAAGAUGAUGUGGAGUAAAAUAAACAAAUCCAAAUUUAGUUCUUCACUGCAAAAGUAUUCCAAUUGCAUCUAUGAUAUGGCUGCUGGACAUUUUCAAUUUCAUAAGUAGGGCAAAAAUGUGAAAUCAGAGUGGUGGGAUUUUAUUUAUUGUUUUGUUAAAUGUGUGUUUUUGUUUUACUUUAACAUUCUGUGGGAAACAUGUAAAUCUUGUGUUUUGUGUUUUUUUUUUUUGUUUUUUUUCAAGCAAAGCUUUUGUUUAGAAUGUACAUAUCAUAAAUGCCCAUUUUUGUAUAAGGCAAUAAAAAAAAUCCUCCCAUUUUUUUGAGCACUUUUUUUUAAAAAAAUUUUUUUUAUUUUUUUGUGGUCUUCCCUUCAAUAAUUGAUUCAAAAUGUGUGAUUAAAAGCAGGGAAGGUUGGUAUGUAUGUUUGUUUGUAUAGUUCUGUUCUCUUCUCAAGUAAAGAGUACUGAUUUCCUGAAGUAAAAACUCACAUUGUCAUUCAAUUCCCCCUCACAUUCACAUAUACAAAUAAUAAG